GUUGACAGCCCAAGAAUGGAUUUACCACAGCUGGAGUGAAAGCUGAAAAUAUUCUGUGUCUCUGAAUAUCUAAGUUAGACAGAAUAUGUAUAAGGAAUGUGGAAGAAGUAUUUCCGUCUCCCCUCUUCUCAUCACUUGGUCUUUUGCUGCCCUGGCUGCUCCAAUGGCAGCCUCUCGCCGCCCUUCUCCCGCAGCUCCUCCUCCCCGACCUGCCAAUCACGCUUGGGGGGCGGAGACUCAACUCGGCCUGCGGAGACCGCCCUCCCGGCUCGCCCGAGCUCGCUGGGUGUUCGCCUGCCUGCGGGAGGGAGAUAAUCCGAACACUUCCGCAGUCUGCUAGUUUGUGUCCUGGCCUCUAGCGCCCCAUUGCCGUUGGCAUUCCUUCCACUGACACCUAGUUUCUUUUCCGUACUUCCAACGAGACAGAAUAACUUUCAAGCUGGCGGAGGCAAUGGUUCACAUAAAAAAAGGCGAGCUGACCCAAGAGGAAAAGGAGCUGCUGCAAGUCAUAUGGAAAGGUACAAUACAAGAAGCUGGAGCACUUUUAGGCAACAAGAAUGUCCGUGUCAACUGUUUGGAUGAGAAUGGAAUGACUCCUCUAAUGCAUGCUGCAUAUAAAGGGAAACUUGAUAUGUGCAAAUUACUAUUGCGACACGGAGCUGAUGUAAAUUGUCAUCAACAUGAACAUGGAUACACAGCCCUCAUGUUUGCUGCACUUUCUGGUAAUAAAGACAUAACCUGGGUCAUAUUGGAAGCUGGUGCCGAGACAGAUGUUGUCAACUCCGUAGGAAGAACAGCUGCUCAAAUGGCAGCCUUUGUGGGUCAACAUGACUGUGUGACUAUAAUCAACAAUUUUUUUCCUCGAGAGAGACUGGAUUAUUACACGAAACUCCAGGGAUUGGAUAAAGAGCCGAAACUGCUCCCCAAGUUAGCAGGCCCAUUGCACAAAAUUAUCACCACAACAAAUCUUCAUCCUGUCAAGAUUGUGAUGCUUGUGAAUGAGAAUCCUCUGCUGGCAGAAGAAACAGCUCUGAGCAAAUGCUACAAGGUGAUGGAUUUAAUUUGUGAGAAAUGUAUGAAACAAAGAGACAUGAAUGAAGUAUUGGCUAUGAAAAUGCACUAUGUCAGCUGUAUCUUUCAAAAAUGCAUUAGCUUCUUAAAAGAUGGAGAGAAUAAACUGGACACUCUGAUAAAAAGCUUACUAAAAGGCCGACCUUCUGAUGGCUUUCCAGUAUAUCAAGAAAAGAUUAUUAGAGAAAGUAUCAGAAAAUUUCCUUACUGUGAAGCUACACUCCUCCAGCAACUGGUGCGAAGCAUUGCUCCUGUUGAAAUUGGUUCUGAACCAACAGCAUUCUCUGUACUUACCCAAGCAAUCACUGGUCAGGUGGGUUUUGUUGAUGUUGAAUUUUGUACUACCUGUGGAGAAAAAGGAGCAAGUAAGAGAUGCUCAGUAUGCAAAAUGGUAAUAUAUUGUGAUCAAACCUGCCAGAAAAUACAUUGGUUUGCACAUAAGAAAAUUUGCAAGAAUCUCAAGGACAUAUAUGACAAGCAACAGCUUGAGGCUGCCAAAGAAAAGCAUGAAGAGACAAAUGGUAAAGUCAUGGAUGUCAAUUCUAAUUGUGUUAAUGAAGAGCAGCCAGAGGUUGAAACAACAGGCUCCCAAACAGAUUCCAAUUGCAAAACGUUUGUGGAAGGGGAGCAAGAAUCUCUUCCGAGUACUACUGCAUUGAAAGGCAUGCAGGAUGUCCCUACAGGUCCACAGGUAUCUGAAGAGUAAAAAUUGGAGCCAGAAUGGAUAGUUCUCACCCUUGGAGGUAGCUGGAAACAUCAUCUGACUGUUCCCCUUGGCCAGGUGGUAUUUGCAUGGCAAUGUGGCAGGAUUCCAUAUACCAUAGAAUAGCUGCUUUCAAGUAAAGCUCUGUAGGCCAUGCCCUAAAUUACUAGUGCUUUCUGUUCUGUAAUUUAACAGGUGUCUUUAGGGAAGAUUUUUAACUCAAAGCAAUAAAAAAUAUUUUUGUUCUCUUUCUGAGACAUGCUUCUCAACAGUUGUUCUCAAAAGGAAAGCUAAUUUCUAGAAAGGACCCGCAAAAUAGCUCACCUAGUGUGUCUACUUUGCCAUGUGCCUGACCCAAGCUUGUGCCCAGCCACCUUAAGGUAGAAGAAGCUUUGGUGCCAUGGUUUCCCCCCAGUUGCACACCCCAUCUGAAAAAAAAGUCUGCCUGGAGCAGUGAAACCCCAGUGAUAAAAAAAAAAAAAGACGAAGAAGAAGAAAUAUAGAGACUCUAAGGAACAAAGGACAAAGUGGAUCAGGUAUUAAAGAAAGGCUUUCUGGGAAAGGAAAAAUUUAUAGCCACAGAAAUGGCAGUUAAAUAAAUACUGAUUUAUAUGUAAAUUAAAAAACAUGUAUGAAUAGCAUCUGUGGUAAUGAAGUACCACUUUUUAGGAUAAAGUGAAAUGAAAACAAACUCUAUGUUAAAGAAUCUUUGCCAUAGUUUAACUAAUUGUACUUUUCUAUAGGUAUUAUUCUGAGCAGUCUGAAUGUUAUGUUGUUCCUGUAGUGGUGUUUUUAUCUGUAGAACUUAUACAUUCAGAUAUGUCUGAUCCCUCACCUGGGACUGAAUUUAGCCAGAGUUAUUGUAGCAUGUACAUUAAGAAAGUUAUUUCAUGUUUUUUUUUGUUAAGUAAUGGCUAAACAUACAAUUAUUAUAAAACUAAAUCAUGUGUCCUAUUUUCACUUGAAAGGCUAUUAUUUUCCUCCAAGUUUUUUGUGUCUCUCUUUCUUUUAAACUUUAUUUGAUGGAAAAGAAAGAAAUUAUUCGGGAAGGGGGGGGAGAGAGAGACAGAGACAUCUGCAGCCGGCUGUACUGCUUGUGAAGAUUUCUCCCUGCAGGUGGGGGCCGGAGGUUUUAACCUGGAUCCUUGUACAUGUGCUCUUAACCAGGUAGGCCACCACCUGACUCCUCAUGCAUUUCUUUCUGUUGAGAAACUGAAUUGGAACUGCCAUUUAAAGAAUAUUCUGGUGUUAUCUUUUAGUGUGUGCAGUUUUAAACAGCACUAGAAUUAGAUUCCUGAAAAUAUUGCUAUUUAAGGUUUCGUCUCUUGAUUUCAAAAUAAAAUGUACCUACUAAUAUAUCCAGCUUGUACCUUGUUUCAUAGCCCACUGCUAUCAGAGGCAGCAAUAUUAGUAAGAAUAACAAAAUUUAGUAAAUUUAGCAUCUACUGGAAAACAAGUACUUAUUUUGAUAGAUACAAUUACAUAUUUAAUGACUAGAAUUCCUAGUUCACGUCAUUAAUCAGAUUUUUCUCUCAUAUUGUACUUAAUUACUUCUCUUUCAGUUCUAACACAUACUCACACUACUUACUCUUACCAUGUUGCUACGUAAAGAUUUUGUGUGAGUAAAUUCACCAUUGAGAGUUAACUCAGCAAGAAUUCAACAGAUAUUGUCUGAACCUAUAAAUCGUGACAGGUCUUAUUCCUUCAUUUAUCAAAGUUCCUUGACUACACACUAAUAAAACACUUAUCUUUGUGUUGUUAGUCCUUCUAGACUGUCCUCAUCAAUGAAUACACAUUCAUUUGAAUUCCCUUAGGUUUAAUUUGUGUGUGUGUGUGUGUGUGUUUUCAUCAUGGUGAAGGAGAGGUGUGAAAAAGCAAAAGGAAAUAGAAUUAUCCAAAGAUGUAGUAAUGUAGAAACAAUUUUAUCCUUCAUUGAACUGAAUGUUAACCUAAAUUGAAAUUAUAACAUAGUUAUAACCAGCCUAUGCAGGCACUUUUAUAUUGAACAAAUAAAACUUCAGAUAUAAGUCAGGUCAAUGUCAAAAAAAAAAAAAACAAACCCAGUAGAAAAUGCUGGGCAGUCACUAGGCAAUAUACUAAGGUACAGAAUAUAAAAUUAAUAUACAGAAAAAGGACAUUCUUCUAUUUGAGCACUACAUUAAAAGAAGAAACCAAGAAGACAAUCCCAUUUGCAAUAACAUCAAUAAUAUUAAGUAUCUAGGAAUAAAUUUAACAAAGGCAAUAAAAGACUUGUAUACUGAAAACUAUGAAUCACUAUGAAAGAAAAAAAAAGAGGGGGGCCAAGUGGUCUUGCAUCUGGUUGAGCACACGUAUUACAGUGUGCAAGAAGAACCCAGGUGCUCGGACCAGGGUCCUUGCACAUUGUAACAUGUGUGCUCAGCCAGGUGCACCACUAUCCAGCCCCGAAUAUUAAGAUUCUGUAUGGAAUCAUGGUCUCCCAGAUGAUAGGGGACUAACUAUUCUCAUUUAUAGUCCACUACUUUUUGGGGGGCUGAGGUGGCGUGCUUUCUUGUUUUUAAUAUGUUUUGAUUUCAACUUUGUUUUGAAGCAAUAUGUAUCUGUUGUGUCUGUGUUAUAGCAUGGUGGUUCCUAAGCCAACAGAUAGAUAAUUUUAGCAUUUGAUCUGAAUUUUUAGUUUGCUGGUGGGAGGGGGGGUAGCAAUACAUUUGAAUUACUUAGCAUUUGAAUGAUUUUACAGGUUUUAAAAUAUUUAUUUCUGUAAAAGAACAGAGAACUCUACUCAAAAUAAAUAAAAAUAUCAACGAGCUACUUGGGAAUAAGUAUAUUUUUUGAAAAGCAUUUAGUACAACAAUUAAUGAAAUUUAUCAACAAACAAACAAACAAAAACCAAACCAAAAAACCAUUCACGAAAGCAUUAAAGACUGACAAUUCAUUAAAUGUGUGUGGAUAGGGGGCUAGGUGGUAGGUAGUGCAGGGGGUUAAGCACCCCUGGCACAAAGCUCAAGGACCAGCAUAAGGAUCCGGGUUAGAGCCACCAGCUCCCUACCUGCCAGGGGCGUCAUUUCACAAGUGAUGAAACAGGUCUAUCUUUCUCUCCCCCUCUCUGUCUUCCCCUCAUCUCUCAAUUUCUCUCUGUCCUAUCCAGCAACAAUAACACUAAGCAAGCAACAAAAGGGAAAAAAAAAAAAAAAAAGGCCUCCAGGAGCAGUGGAUUCAUAGUGCAGGCACCAAGUCCCAGCAAUAACCCUGGAGGCAAAAAAAAAGUGUGGAUAAAAUGAAAAAGGCUAUAUGAACAAAACUAUAGAAUACCACUAAGUGGUACAAAAUGAAACUUGAAUGAAUAGGCCAUGUUCUAAAAAACAAACAACAACAAAAACAGAGCACCGCCCUGCUUUAGCAUAUACAGUGCUGGGAUCAAACCUAAGGCAUUAAAUUUUGCCAGCACUGGGCACUGCUAAAGACUAUUCUGUUGUCUCUUUCCCAUAACAUUACUUAUCUGUCUGGGCCAAGCUCAGAUCAUUAGUCCAAACUUAGAACUUGCAAAUGCCUUUAAGGACAAGAAUGAAAAAAUAGGAAACUGGCAUUGUCACUCAACCAUGGUUACACAUUCUGAAAAAUGUGUUCGUAGGCAGUUUUUUGGUGCAAACAUCAUGAGAUAUACUUAACUCACACCUAGAUGCUACAGUCUACUUCACACCUAGCAACAUGUAUGGAUCACUAGCCUACAGACAGUCCAUCACAGACCAGAAUGUUGUGAAAUUAUACAUGAUGGUGGAGUUAUACGAUGAAAUGCUCUACACUAAUGAGAACCAUGAUAUUAUCUCUACUAGCAACACACAGGUGAAUGCCACAAUGUUAAGUUCAAGAAGUCAUAUGUACCUCUUUGAUUCUAUUUAUUUGUAUUUUUUAAAAUUUUGUAUUAGCGAUUUGAUAUUGAUUUACAAAGUUACAUGUCAACAGGGGUAUAAUUCUGCACCUUCCCAACAGAGUUCCAAAUCCCAAGUUCCUCUAUUGCAAACCACCAUGGUUUUCCCAAGGUUGCCGAUAUGAGUUAACUGUCAUCUCUACAACUAUCUCUCUACAUUUGUACAUAUUUGCCCCCUUUUUCUUUCAGGUCCAAUCCUCUCUUCCCCUCCAAGCCACAUGUCACCCUAUUAUUACACCCAAAUAUUUCUCUUUCUCAUCCCCGCUCUCUGGGACCUGAUGGAGCUGGAGUUCAAAGCCCUCUUUUUUUUUAAAAAUUUUUUAUUUAUAAAAAGGAAACAUUGACUAAACCAUAGGAUAAGAGGGAUACAACUUAACACAAUUCCCACCACCAGAACUCUGUAUCCCAUCCCCUCUGAUAACUUUCCUACUCUUUAACCCUCUGGGAUUAUGGACCCAAAGUCAUUGUGGGAUGCAGAAGGUUGAAGGUCUGGCUUCUGUAAUUGCUUCCCCGCUGAACAUGGGCUUUGACAGGUCAAUCCAUACUCCCCUCUUAUCCUCUUCUUCCUAUCACUUCUCUCACACUGGGAAUAUGGAUCAAAGUUUUUUGGUGGGUGCAUAAAGUAGGAGUUCUGGCUUGUGUAAUUGCUUCUCCCUUGGAAUUAGGCAUUGGCAGGUCAAUCCAUACCCCCAGCCUGUUUUUGAUGCCAUUUAUAUGCCUUUCAAGAUGGUGAUACUUUUGAAGGGUGGUAAUAAUAUAUAUGACUGGUAAGAAGAAUAAAGAUACUGUUAGAGUUUUGGUAAUCUACUAUUUCUUGACCUAAGAUACUAGUUACAUGAAUAUGUCUCUUUAUUUAAAUUUGUUAAGAACGAUUACAAUUUGUGUACAUCUAUGUAUAUGUGAACAUAUAUACAGCAUAUACAUUUUACUUCAAAAAUACAGUAUAAAAUAUGA